AUGGCCCUCUCGGCCUGGGCCGUCUGCUGCCUCCUGGGGUACCUCCUGCUCUGUGGGGGUAGCCCCGGCCCCAGCAUGCCCCGCCUGCGGCUCUCCUACCAAGACCUCCUGUCUGCCAACCGCUCUGCCGUCUUUCUGGGCCCCCGGGGCUCCCUGGACCUUCGGGCCAUGUACCUGGAUGAGUACCGGGACCGCCUCUUUCUGGGGGGCCGUGACGCCCUCUACUCUCUGCGGCUGGACCAGGCAUGGCCAGACCCCCGGGAGGUUCUGUGGCCUCCACAGCCAGGACAGAGGGAGGAGUGUGUCCGAAAAGGAAGGGAUCCCUUGACGGAGUGUGCCAACUUUGUGCGGGUGCUGAAGCCCCACAAUCGGACCCAUCUGCUGGCAUGUGGCACGGGGGCCUUCCAGCCCAUCUGUGCCCUCAUCACAGUCGGGCACCGUGGUGAGCACGUGCUCCACAUGGAGCCCAGCACCCUGCAGGGCGGGCGGGGCCGGAGCCCACAUGAGCCCAGCCGGCCCUUCGCCAGCACCUUUGUAGGCGGGGAGCUGUACACCGGCCUCACCGCUGACUUCCUGGGGCGUGAGGCCAUGAUCUUCCGAAGUGGGGGUUCCCGGCCGUCCCUGCGUUCUGACUCCGACCAGAACCUCCUGCAUGACCCCAGGUUUGUGGCAGCCGCACGGAUCCCCGACAACUCCGACCAGGACAAUGACAAGGUGUACUUCUUCUUCUCGGAGACUGUCCCUUCACCGGAUGGUGGCCCAGGCCACGUCACUGUCAGCUGCGUGGGCCGAGUCUGUGUGAACGACGCCGGGGGGCAGCGGGUGCUGGUGAACCGGUGGAGCACUUUCCUCAAGGCCAGGCUGCUCUGCUCCGUGCCCGGCCUCGGGGGUGCUGAGACCCACUUCCACCAGCUGGAGGACGUGUUCCUGCUGUGGCCCAAGGCAGGGAAGAACCCGGAGGUGUACGCGCUGUUUAGCACCGUCAGUGCUGUGUUCCAGGGCUUUGCAGUCUGCGUGUACCACAUGGCUGACAUCUGGGAGGUCUUCAAUGGGCCUUUUGCACACCGGGACAGUCCCCAGCACCAGUGGGGGCCCUACGGGGGCAAGGUGCCCUUUCCCCGCCCAGGCGCAUGCCCCAGCAAGAUGACGGCGCAGCCAGGACGGCCCUUUGGCAGCACCAAGGACUACCCGGACGAGGUGCUGCAGUUUGUCCGAGCCCACCCGCUCAUGUUUCGGCCCGUGAAGCCUCGGCAGGGCCGUCCUGUCCUCGUCAAGACCCACCUGGCCCAGCAGCUGCGCCAAAUCGUGGUGGACCGCGUGGAGGCAGAGGAUGGGAUCUACGACGUCAUCUUCCUGGGCACUGACUCAGGCUCCGUGCUCAAGGUCAUCGCCCUCCGGGCUGGGGACUCGGCUGAGCCUGAGGAGGUAGUGCUGGAGGAGCUCCAGGUGUUUAAGGUGCCAACACCUAUCACUGAGAUGGAGAUCUCUGUCAAAAGGCAAACGCUGUACGUGGGCUCGCGACUGGGCGUGGCUCGGCUGAGGCUGCACCAGUGUGAGACCUACGGCAGCGCCUGCACGGAGUGCUGCCUGGCCCGCGACCCCUACUGCGCCUGGGACGGUGCCUCCUGCACCCGCUACCGGCCCGGCACCAGCAAGCGCCGGUUCCGACGGCAGGACAUCCGGCACGGCAACCCUGCCCUGCAGUGCCUGGGCCAGGGACCGGAAGAGGAGGCUGCAGAGCAGGUGGCGGCCACCAUGGUCUACGGCACGGAGCACAAUAGCACCUUCCUGGAGUGCCGACCCAAAUCUCCCCAGGCUGCCGUGCGCUGGUUCUUGCAGAGGCCGGGGGACCAGGGGCCCGACCAGGUGAAGACUGACGAGCGAAUCCUGCAGGUGGAGCAGGGGCUGCUGUUCCGCAGGCUCAGCCGCCUCGACACGGGCACCUACUCCUGCUCCACGCUGGAGCACGGCUUCUCACAGACGGUGGUCCGCCUGGCUCUGGAGGUGAUUGCAGCCACGCAGCUGCACAGCCUGUUCCCUCGGGAGCCGAAGCCGGAGGAGCUUCCGGUGCAGGGUGGCCUGGCCUCCACCCCACCCAAGGCUUGGUACAAGGACAUCCUGCAGCUCAUCGGCUUCGCCAACCUGCCCCGUGUGGACGAGUACUGUGAGCGCAUGUGGUGCCGGGGCAGCGGGGAGCCCUCGGGAGCCUCUCGGAGCCGGGGCAAACUGUCCAAGGGCAAGAGCUGGGCAGGGCUGGAGCUGGGCAAGAAAGUGAAGAGCUGGGCCCAGGCCGAGCACAACCGGACGCCCCGGGAGGUGGAGGCCACAUAGGGGAGGGCGGGGAGGGGUGGCCAAGGUGGGGGCAGCAGCAUUCCCCAGCGUCUCCCACCCACCCAGCUGGGGCAGAGGGCCAGGACCCCUGACUGCCUCUUAGAGA